AUGGCAUCAACGCAGGCCCCUCCGCCAACAGUAAUCGCCCAGAAACAAGCCUUCCUCGCCGCGCAGACCCGUCUCUUUUCACAGCCCCUCCGACCUUCCCGCCCCUGGCUCGCCGCAAACGAGGCCGCCGAGUCCCCCCUCCCGGACCCGGUCGUUGAGCACGUCGUCGCCCGCCUCAACACCACCGUACUGCAGCACUCGCGACGCGCCUACUCGCACCAGGCGAGUCGCCACGUCGCCGAGCAGAUCGACGCCCUCUACCUGUCUCAGCCGCCCGCGGCGCAGGACCACGAGCCGGCCGAGGGUCUGUCUCUCUCUUUGGACCUUAGUACGUCAUUCUCAUGGUACCCCGAGCACGCUUUUUAUCAAAGGCCACCCUUGGCAGCACGGAUGUCUGACAGUAGCACAAAAGCCGAAGAGGCUGCCGUCAAGUCCCUUCCGCCAACUUGGCCGGUUGACCACGACGUGACCAUGUAUCCCAUGGAAGCCAAGCGGUACGCAGAGCAAGUGGAUCGCCUCAAAUCGCUCGCUGAGCUGAGGCAGCAGACCACCGCCCGCCUUGAGCGUUUGCGGCGCAUGAAGGCCUUACUCGACCCCUUCCGCUCCGACGAUGACGGCAUCGGCGUGCAGGAGAAUCUUAUCACCCGCGACGGCGAGGUAGAGAAGGAGAUGGAGAGUAUGCGAGUUCUUUUGGCACGUGUCGGUGGCCGCGUCAACCUUCUGUCUGCGUCCACGGAGCCCGUGAGCCCAUUCGGGGAGGGCGAUCCCCUCGCCGUGAGAUCCGUGGCUACGGGAGAGAAACGAAAGCUCGACGACCUCCUCAACCACUUCUAA